UGCCCUGUCUGAGACCUGGAAGCGAAAGUAAAAGCUGCACACAUGGGAGGAAACUGCAGCUAAGCAACAUAUGUGAGGUUAGCCAGGCUGCCAGCUACCCUCUACCGGCUGCCUAUGUGUCCCCUGCCAGCAGGGCCACAGCACUCACCAGGGUGUUCGUAUGGCGAGACAAAAAAGAAUAGAAGAUAUCGAGAAAGGAUUGCAGUUUAUUCAGUCCACCAUCCCUUUCCAUGGAAGUCAAACUGAUUAUGAGAACUUUCUGCAGGAUCUAGUCAGGAACCUGUUUGCAGAAGGAAAUGACCUGUAUCGGGAUGGCAACCCCAAGCUGGCAUUGGGGCAAUACACUGAGGGACUUACAGUGGCAGAGUAUGCUGCCUCUGAAGACCUGAUUAUCAACCAGGAACUGCUGUGUAAACUUUAUGUUAACCGCUCCUGCUGCUAUUACUCAAUGAGACUGUUCGAGAAAACGCUUGAAGACUGUGAUAAAGCUCUUGGCUUGGACAAGGACAACAUGAGAGCGUUGUACCGAAAAGCUAAAACUCUAGAGCAGCUCGGGAAGUAUCAGGAUGCCUACGACUGCAUUAGCCACAGGCUACUAGCCCUGGUGCAGGAUGAGAAUGUUACAGAGUUGGCGCAGGAAUUGGUGCAGAAACUGGGGUUGAAGCAGCGCAAGGCGUACAAAAGGCCGCAGCAAGAGCUAGAAGCUAUUGGGAUAAUCAGUAACGGAACCUCAACAUCUGGAGGAAGCCAGGCUUCGUCUAACAGCUUGGGGACCUUGGACGACAUUGAAUCAGAUUUACCCCAGGACCCCCGACUCUUCCCAUCCUCCCCUGGCAGCGACUGUCUCAGUGAUGGGCUGGGUACAGCUCUGUCACCUACUCCUGUGGGCUACCCCAUGGCAGCAAACAACCUGAACGACUUUGACUGUGAAAUCCUCGAUGAUGAGCUCGAUACCUUACUAGACUCAAAAAUGUUACAGACAAACAUUGCAGCCAGCACAGUGCCUCAGCUGAUACCAGUAUUCCCCACUGGUGCUCCCUUGCUCGUACCCCUGAGUGUGAGUGGGCUUCCUGCUCCUUCCCCGCUACCCCCUGCCUCCUUUGGUUUGGAUUCCCGGAUGCUUUCAGGCCACCCUCCAAAGCCAGCCUACAAGCCACUCGUGUUAGCGGAACCGCGCCUCGACACACUGGAUAGUUUUGAGAGCAGCUUGGACCUAAUUGAUCACAAUCUGUCUGAGUUGUCAUCUACAGUAGCCCCGAAACAUAAGAUGGGCACAAACAAUUUGCUUACUCACAAGCCAGAUGUGCACACUGGAGCUCCGCAGAUGGCUGUACCAAAUAACCCUCUGGCACAAACCUACGAUUUCAAACUGGCAUGCCCGCAGUGCUAUGUGAGGACGGGUGUCAAGGUUCUUGAUUUCGCACACAAGGAGCGAGUAGAGCACAACUGUAAGGGGGUGUUUUUGCUGGCGCGUAUGAAGAACUCGGAGAAUAAGACCUGGCUCCGUAUUCGUCAGAGGCCCAUGAAAGUGAAUUUUACAGGACCUUACAUUUUAUGUAAAGAUAUCCAGAGCCGGCAGGACUGUAAGUACGGGGAGCACUGCACCUUUGCAUAUUAUCAGGAAGAGAUUGAUGUGUGGAAUGAGGAGCGGAAGGGACGACUACACCGGGACCAGCUCUUCCAGUCCCAGGGGGUGGUGAAGCCGGGGAGUAUUGCACAGCUUCUUCAAGAGCAGAAGGGCUUUUUUACUUUCUUAUGCCAGUUGUGUUUUGACAGCAAACCUCGGGUCAUCAGUAUGAGAAGUCAAGAAAAGCCAAACGUCUGCACAAACGCGUCUGCCCAGCACAGCUUCCCUGACAACAAGUGCCUGGUGCAUGUGCUGAAUGCCAGCACUGUCCGAUAUUGCAAGAUUCGCCACAACCAUGCGCGGUUUCAGAUGGACAUUUGCCGCCAUGAAGUGCGGUACGGAUGCCUUCAGGAGGACACAUGCAAUUUCGCUCACAGUCACGUAGAGCUCUCCGUCUGGAUGCUGCAGCGACAGUCAGGCAUCUCCCAUGAGGAUAUUGUGAAAGAAUCAGAGAAAAUCUGGAAGGUGUUUGAACCAAAAAGCAAGGCGUCCAAGUCUUUAUCGCAUCAGUCCCAGCCAAAGUCACUGGACAUGAAGAUGAAGUUUGUCUGCGGUCAGUGUUUGCAUAACGGGAGGGAGAUAGAGGCAGACAAAGAUGGCAAAUACUGUACAGCCAAAGCCAGACACAGCUGGACAAAAGACAAACGUGUUCUGCUCGCAAUGUCCAAGGCAAAGAAAAAAUGGGUUCCCAUUAGACCCCUGCCCUCCAUUCGUAAUUUCCCACAGCAAUAUGAUAUCUGUGUUCAUGUACAGAACAAGAAGAAAUGUCAGUACAUAGGGAACUGCACAUUCGCUCAUAGCACAGAAGAGAAAGACGUCUGGACAUUCAUGAAGGAGAACAAAGUACUUGACCUGCAGCAGGUCUUUGAGUUGUCUCAGAAGAACAAUGUCCAGGAGACUGCUGGGAAAGGCGCAGCGGCUCCACAGAAAGAGACAGACAAGCAGAUCCUGAUGCCAACAGACUACGCAGACCUCCUGGACUGCCUGCACUGCUACCUAUGUGGCAAGAACAGCAACAGUGAGCGACAAUGGCAGAAGCACAUCCAGUCAGAAAAGCACAAAGAGCGAGUGUUCACAUCUGAGAGUGAGGACAGUACGUGGAAGUUCCGUUUCCCUGCAGGAGAAUUCCAGCUCUGUGACAGUUUUAAAGAAUCCCAGAGCUGCCCCCAUGAGGACAAUUGUCCCUUUGCUCACAGCCAGGAGGAGCUGGAUGAAUGGUUGGAGAGGAGAGAGCUCCUACGGCAGAAGGUUUUUAAAGCUCGCAAGGACAUGCUGCUAGAGCCCACCGAUACAGACUUCGGCAAAUACAGCUUCUUAUUGAAGGACAUAGUGUGAGGGGUACGCAUGAGAACGAAUGGAAGAAGUGCUGAUGAUCACCUUUCCAUGGGGUCUAAAAGACAUGCAGUCCACUGCUACAGAGCUGGGCAUCCUUCUGUCAUGGCACAUCUUUGGACUUUCUUAACCUUAGACAAUUAACUAAUUAUAUGUGUUUUUAAAGCACCAAUCCAGCCUCUUCAAUUUUGUUUGAAUGUUGAAAACCAACCCCUUGGCUGCCAGAGAGAGCAUUCUGUUGUCCCUUUCUGGCUAUCAAGUGGUUAAAGGAACUCAUAACAAGGAAAAAUCCAUAGAAAUAUGGUACAAACCCAUGUUAUAAGUGAAAGCAAACACUCUCCUUGACAUUUUUUUUUAGAUAGCAUUUAUCUUCCUUGUUCAAAAAAUUCCAGCCUAAAAGAAUGUUAAACUUUCUUUACGAUAAAGGGAAUAAUUCUUCAUAAAAUUGCUUAUAUUGGGGGACGGUCAUCAAGUCGGCAGCAGCAUAAAGUUAUUCCACUCAUUACGUUUAGAAAAAUUUGCAUUGCUAAUUGAAGUAAAAAAUACAGUAUAAUCCUAGUGUUAUAUUAGCUGCCAAAAAUCAUACUAUAUCAGGCGUGUGAAUUAAACAUGAUUAAUUAAAGACUGCUCCUAUCCAAGUUCUAGGUAACUACCGUUCAACGCGCGUUUUUUACACACUGGUUUGAUAGUGAAUGUAUCUAAUAGUAUUCUGUACACUACCAAAAUGAAUUACAAUUAUCAUUUUUAAUGAAUGUGACGUUAUUGUGGGUAUGUACAACUUGCAAGCCUCAUUAGCAAGGUUUAUUGACAAUGAAAUGCUGAGCGAAGCCUUUGAUUGCAAGUUGUCGAAAAUGCAUUUCCCGCAUGAAAUUGGGGAGCAUGAUCAAAAAUAAGUAUAGUCACUUAAAAAAUGUUAUAUUCUGCAUCUCUUAGGUCAUUUCCAUACUUUUAAAAAAUAUAUUUGGUAGGUACUGUUUUAUGACCUGAUAUAUUUCAGUAUUCUGUAGUUUUACUGUAUCUUUAUAUUGGAAAUGAUACUUUGAUAGUAUUUAAUCCUCUGCCCAAAUGUCCCGGCAUAUUCCCUAAAAUAUAAUAUAUGGUGCUCACACCCUGGAGAAUAUUGCAUUGAUGUUAUGUAAAUUAUGUUAAAAAAAAAUCUUGUUUUCAUUAUUUUGCCUUUUGUUUGCCAGAGAGGGAUGCAAUAUAUGGAAUUUACCGGAGCUCAUUCUGGCACAGAAGGGGAUAAUACAUUUGAGGUUACUGGACAAAAUUUGGCAGCUUGAACCUUUCAAAUUAAAGGGACAUGUUAAUGCAGAAAUAAAAAGCUCCGACUUAUUAGAGCAUGUAUUUAUUUGCAUUAGUGUCCCUUUUCUAACUAUGUGUUUAACGCCGGUGAGAGCCACAACACAUUACAGCUUCUGAGCUGGACUUGGCUGAAGAGCCAAUCAGGAGCAGCAUACAUAUGUAUUCUCCAAUCAUUGACCAAGCUAGCAAGGGGGUCGUUUUGACAUUUAGACAAUGUUAUUGAUCUGUCAUGUAUUUGGUAUGCACAAGACUGAAAUUGAUUAUUUUCUAUACAGUAUAUUGUUUGCGUCCUGAAAUAAGAUAUGCAAUCAUAGGUGACCCAUCCUACGAGAAUUAACCAAUAAAUCAUAGCAUUGUUGAAAAAAUGAA